GAUGGUUUCUGCCCAUUUUUACCGUCCUUUGAAGGCGAUAAAAUAUCCAGUGGCACAUUGGCACAAAAUGAAAACUGGCCGUUCUAAAAUCGAUUCGUGCUUACAGAUGAAGACAGAACAGAGAGUCAACGUGUCUGAUGAAUCAUGAUUCCCAUCACUGAGCUGCGUUACUUUGUGGAUACCCAGCCUGCGUACCGUAUUUUAAAGCCAUGGUGGGAUGUGUUCACAGACUAUCUAUCUAUUGUGAUGCUGAUGAUUGCAGUAUUUGGAGGAACUCUGCAAGUCACUCAGGACAAAAUGAUCUGCCUACCCUGCAAAUGGGUUGUCAACAAAACCUGUCGGAAGUAUUUUGAACCGAACUACUCUGUACCCUUAGCCCUUGCGCCACAAGGAAUCCAAUAUGACCUUGACAGACACCAGUACAACUAUGUGGAUGCUGUGUGCUAUGAAAACAAGCUUCACUGGUUUGCUAAGUAUUUCCCAUAUUUGGUGCUAUUGCAUACACUCAUCUUCCUAGCUUGCAGCAACUUUUGGUUCAAGUUUCCUUGGACUAGCUCCAAGCUAGAACAUUUUGUCUCCAUUCUUUUGAAGUGUUUUGACUCGCCAUGGACCACGCGAGCACUGUCUGAGACGGUGGUUGAGGAGAGCGAUCCCAAAGCUCUGGGAAAGAUGAAUGGCUCCAUGGAUAAAAAGGCAUCAUGUGCGAGUGAAGAUGUGGAGGCAAAUGUUCCCAUGCUGUCUGCGACAAAAUCACGUCUUGAGCAGGGAAUUGUGGACCACUCUGAAACAGGUGUCCUGGACAAGAAGGAGGGCGAGCAGGCUAAAGCGUUGUUUGAAAAAGUUAAAAAAUUUAGGCUUCAUGUUGAGGAAGGAGAUAUAGUCUAUAGGCUUUACAUCCGACAGACUAUCAUCAAAGUAGUCAAAUUUAUUCUCAUAAUCUGCUACACUGGUUACUAUGUUCACAAUAUUCAGUUCAGUGUGGACUGCAUCGUUGACAUUGAGAAUCUCACUGGUUAUCAGAUGUAUAAUUGUGCCCAUCCCCUUGCUACACUUUUUAAAAUAUUAGCAUGCUUUUACAUAAGUCUUGUUGUGGUUUAUGGGAUAAUCUGUGUGUACACCCUCUGCUGGAUGCUACGCCGUUCCCUCAAGAAAUACUCAUUUGAAUCGAUCAGAGAAGAGAGCAGCUACAGUGACAUUCCAGAUGUAAAAAAUGACUUUGCCUUCAUGAUGCACAUGAUCGACCAGUAUGACCCCCUCUACUCAAAACGCUUUGCAGUAUUCCUUUCUGAGGUCAGUGAGAACAAACUUCGUCAGCUUAACCUCAACAAUGAGUGGACACUGGAGAAGCUUCGGCAGAGGAUCACAAAGAACUCUCAGGAUAAGUUAGAGCUACAUCUCUUUAUGCUUAGUGGCAUCCCAGACACUGUGUUUGACCUGCUGGAACUGGAGGUCCUUAAACUGGAGCUCAUCUCUGAUGUUACCAUUCCUCCAAUUAUUGCCCAGCUUAUAAACCUGAGGGAGAUGUGGCUGUACCAUACACCGGCUAAAAUAGAAGCACCAGCCCUUGCGUUUCUGAGAGAAAACCUGAAAUCUCUGCACAUAAAGUUCACUGACAUCAAGGAGAUACCUCUCUGGAUCUACAGUCUGAAGAACCUGAGCGAGUUGCACCUCACAGGGAAUUUAAGUGCAGAGAACAAUCGUUAUAUUGUGAUUGAUGGUCUACGAGAGCUGAAACGACUCAAAGUUCUUCGGCUGAAAAGCAAUCUGACUAAGCUGCCACAAGUGGUGACUGACGUUGGAAUGCACCUGCAGAAACUGUCCAUCAACAACGAAGGCACCAGGUUGAUGGUUCUCAAUAGCUUGAAGAAGAUGGUCAACCUGACUGAGCUGGAGCUUCUUCGCUGUGACCUUGAGCGCAUCCCUCAUUCUAUUUUUAGCCUCCACAACCUGCAGGAGAUCGACCUGAAGGACAACAAUCUGAAGACCAUUGAGGAGAUAAUUAGCUUCCAGCAUCUCCAUAGACUUGUCUGCCUGAAGCUGUGGUACAACCAGAUUGCCUACAUCCCCCUCCAAAUAGGCACACUGACCAACCUGGAGCGCCUCUACUUGAACCGAAACAAGAUCGAAAAAAUGCCAAGUCAGCUGUUUUUCUGUCGCAAGCUGAGAUAUCUCGACUUAAGUCACAACAAUCUCACAGACAUCCCUGCUGACAUUGGACAUCUUCAGAAUCUUCAGUAUUUUGCUGUUACUGCCAACAGAAUUGAGAAGCUUCCUCCCGAGCUAUUUCAGUGUAAGAAGCUGCGAACGCUGAACCUGGGUAACAACUGCCUACUCUCCCUGCCCUCUCGCUUUGGGGAGCUGACCAGCCUGACCCAGCUCGAGCUCCGGGGCAACCGGCUGGAGGGCCUGCCCGUGGAGCUGGGGGAGUGUCGCCUGCUGAAGCGCUCGGGCCUCUUCGUUGAGGAGGUUGUUUUCAACACUCUGCCCACAGAAGUCAAGGAGCAGUUUUGGAGAACUGAUAAAGAAGCAGCUUGAGGCCACCAGGCAAAUGAGCAUGAAGGCAUUCCCACAGGUUAGAACACGGAGCAGUUCAGAGUAAAAUGGCACUCGGGUAACACCUGACGUGUUACCUAGUUGUAUUUAGUGCUGUGGGUGUUGGUUCUCUCAGACCCAAAUCAACAAUUAUUUAUAUCUUGUAGAAGUAAUGGGCUGUGUUAUGCAUACUCCUUGUGGGAUUAAAUGAAGCUGUAUGUAAACCCCAACAGCUCUUUGAUCUGAGUGCUGUCUCUUGGUUUAGAAGAGGUAGACUGGAAAAACCAAUCUGGGAAGUGCAGAACAUCUUUGCCUUAAUUAUAAUAUGCUGUGCAGUGGUGAGUUAACAUUCAAAGUUAGUCAAGUGUGCACAUUUACAGUAUUGUGAGCUGGUUUGUCAUGAGCACUUUAUGGUUGACUGUUUGGAAAAGAUUUCCACAUUUAAAUAGGAAUUUAGUUCUUUAACAUGGCAGAGCUAAACUAUUUAAAAAAAACACUAAUUCUCCAGGAGGAAAUAGCAUGUUUUAAUUGAACCAAAAACAUAGUUGUUGUUCAGUCACAGUUACAGUUGUACAAUUUGUAAAAACAAUGUCUUUGUGAAGGAAAUAACACUUAAACAUAUGUUACUGAGAGUUAUUACUCGUUCAUUAUGUUACUCAUUGCAUGGAAAGAACUGAAAGUAGUUAGUUUUGUGGAUGUGUGUACAUGUGUACACUAGUAUGACGUCUCUUUUAGCACUAAUUAACUAAAGAGACAUUUUUAGCAACAGGUUGGACAGCAGAUGUUAAGUGUGUAAAAUACUGGUUUUUUUGUUGUUGUUGUUGUUGUCUGGGAGGACAAUGUACUGCAGGGUAAAACAUUUAGUCCUGUAUUUAGUGCACUCAGUUGUUCUGUCAGUGAAACCCAUUGUUUAUCAAAAUGUAGGAGUCACACACAACUAAUAUUUGUGUUGCCAUAUCUUGUGUGUGUUGUCUCUUGUACUGAAAUCACAGAUUUCUUUGUGUGUAUGUGUAUCUGAGACAUUUUUCCAAAUGUACUGUUAUUUUUGUUAUUUUGCAUGUUUACAACACUUGAUUUAAUGCACACAAAUGAGCACAUUGAAAAUGCCAUCAGGAGUCAUAUAGACAUUUGCUUAUAUAUUAAGCAUUUAUAGAAACAUGAUUUCUUGCAAAGCAAAAACUACUUAUCUAUAUUCUGAGUUACCUUUCAUAAUGCGUCAGCACCUUACUUCCACCAGUGUACUUGGUGUAAACUACUAAUAGGAAACAUUUGUUAUUUUCAGCCAAAGGUUCACUUUUUCUGUUAGGCUGUGUUAAUGCUUGAUGUUACUCUGAAGGACAAGCAGUAGAGUUCACGUUGGGUGGUGUGUUGUCCCCAUAACAUUACACUUAAUACCAUCAGACAUUUAUUUUAAUAUUUAAUAACAGUGCACUGCUAAUGAGACAAUCAUAAAUGUUGGGCAAUGCACAGUUGAAGCAUUUGAUGUUGAUUUUCACAUGAAACAUAUUUCAGAGUAUUUCAGACAUGUCUGUGAUUAACACCAAGGUUGAGUUGAUCUUCUUAAGCUGUACUGGCAUUCCAAAGGCGAUUCUCAAACUGGCCAAGCUGUUUCAGAACAUUUCUUCAGCUCAUAUGUUACCUCAGUACUGAUUUAUUUUGGACAUGAUUUCCCUCUAUGCUUUUCUUCCAAGAGCUUAAUGUUUUACUCAGGUAAAUUCCACUCAACUUUGUACAGACUUUAAUUUCAAGUAUAUUGAAAAUAUUUAUUUAAAGGAAUAUAUAAUACAUUUUCUAAUGCAUCAUUUAUUACUUUGCUGUUAUUUAAAUGAAAUUUGUAUUUGUUUUUUAACAGUUAAUGUUUUGUACAAACUAUUGUGUUCACCCAUUGCUAACUACUGACCAAUAACUAACAUUGCCAAUGGACUAUAGUUUGCUUAAUUUGAUGUAGUAAAAUUGUUGCUAGUUGCUAAAAUGCAUAAAUGUAGUGAAGUGCAUUAAGUCAUAAAGUAAGCUAAAGGAAAAAAUGUUUUUGGCUCCAGAAUGGCUUUAUAAAGUCUAGGGGAAAAAGCUACAUGGUAGUACUAUGAGGUUGAUCUGUUCAUUUAUACAUUUAACAAAUGUAAAUGUAACAUAUCUGCAACUUCAAAAACUCUGAACUUUGGCUUCUGAAUAUAUUACAUUUUACACUUCCAUUAAACAACUUGCCUAGAUGACUAUAAGCAAUAUAAUUUCUUGUUCAGUAUUACUUAAGCCACUUUGUUUCAGACAUUGCUGCCUAGGACCAGUCAAAAAGUAUUUUUGAUUUCUUUUAGUUUCUUACUUCAACAUGCCACCGCAUCGCCUUCAGAUGCAUUGUGCUCGCUGAAAAACUUCUGUGUGCCAUCUUUUUGUGUUGUUAGGACUGAGUUAUGAAAGGUCUUUUAUGUUGGUGCCAAAACAGCAGCAUUUGGAGCUGUAAAUUAGUGGCUAGUGUUGUGACAGUAUUGCUUUCUAGUAGGUUAAAUGUUUCUCUCUUUUUUGUGUGUCAUCAGUGUGUGGGUCUUUAAGGAUAUGUCAAAGUAUUUCUCCAUCUUUUUGUCAUUUCAAGGAAUUUUGUUGUGUCCUUAGCCUAAAUAUCAAUAAACCCAAAAUGUAA